AUGGCAUCGUGGUCGCCGUGCUCGACGAGAUCCGUAUCUCCUUGUGGAUCACCCAUAUCUUUACGGUUUGAUUAUACCUUUCAAUGUUUAUCUUCUACUUUCACCGUUUUACAGAGGAUCAUGGGCGUACGACGUCGUCUUCCUUCCCACACACCUCGAAAGAACUGUCAAGCUUCAAAAAGGAGCACUACCUCUAGGAAUAGUUUUAGACGGAGAUAAAGAUAAGGGUGUGAACGGGUGUGUAGUGAAGAGUAUCUGCGGAAAGAAGGCGGUGGCUCUGGAUGGCAGGAUUCAGGUUUGUGAGGCUCCUGACUUCACUUAUACUCAUUGUCAUUUCAGGUCGGCGACUUUAUCACGAAGAUCAACACUGAGUCGUUACGAAAUGUGACCAACUCGCAAGCUCGGGCAAUUCUGAAGCGGACCAAUCUAGUGGGCACCUUCUGCAAGUACGUGCUUCUCCCUCUUUUGCUCACUCCGUCUCAUCAUCAUUUGCCCUCCGAGUACUACUAAUUAGCAUUUACCCCCAUCUCUCCUUCUCCUUAUUCUUCUUCUUCCAACCACUCAUCUUCUCAACCUUUCAGUGUCACAUACAUAACAUCAGCGGAUGCUAAAACUUGGAAAGAGAGGUUUCAGAGGCCCUCCGAGUCGUCUUCUCCGAUUAUUAAUCGACUCUCGCCAAAGUAAAAGAGUCCUCCCUUCCCAUCUGAUUUUCAUUCAUUUGUACAUUUUCAGAGUCUUUCCCAAGUUCUACCGAAGUCCGUAUAUGCAGAGACAAGGCAGUCAUUCGAAGACCGAGAUGACCGACGACGAGACUGAAGCACCUUCCAUCAUGACUGAUUCGAUGUCCGAAGCCCAGCCGGUCAGAGUGAGUUAAUCCUGAAGAUAAAGAAACAUUUGAAUACAAUGAGUCAUUGCAGGCUCUCGAUGAACUGGAGAGCAGUCGGCCGAAGAGCAAAAACGAAGAAGAAGCUCGGAAGCGACUCGGGCGGCUGAUUGAUGGAGUGGAAAUUGAUGAUUUUGUCAACCUGAUCAUAAAAGUGAGUCUUCCCUUUCUGCCGCUUCGUCGCACGCCCGUCAUAAUGACGUGGAUGCUGUCUUCUCUAUGCAAAUCGAUAGGCGCGGUGCUGGCCGGCUCCGUCGUCGAUGAUAAUCCUCGACGGCUUUCCUGCGUGCCAAAUCCCCGCCUCUCCGAGCCUACAUCCUGCUAAUAGAUUUAUAAUUUUUUGAGAGAGCCCGCGGCUCUGCUUUUCGAAUAUAUCAGGAUUCACCUGUCCUUCUCUUUUUCGCAUUUUCCAACUUCACUCAUCCAUUUUCUAUUCUUGCGUAGUCUCCAGAAGAAAGAGAAUAAAUGCCUGAAGACGUCCUAAUUGUUGAGUGAUUUGCAGGAGGCCAUCACCGAUGCGAGCAUCGAACUGAGUGUGCUGCACAAAACGAAAGACUGGAGCAGCACAAAGAACCACAAGGUAAUCGAAUCGGGCUAGUUCCGAAUUGAUUUGCGAAGAAAGUGGCUCUCAGCGGAUUAGUGAACGCAUCUUUUUCAGCGGGAAGAACGAAGCGAUUCUCCGCCGUUACCGCCGCCUCCGCCGGAAGUGUUCUCUUCCGCCCCGAAGAGCCCAGUCGACACAGUGCCUGCAGAGGCACUGCUGACACGUUCCACUGUUUCCGCAGAAUACCAUUCUGGCCAACGCACUUCGCAACUUCAUAUUUUGAGCACAGAAGAGGAGGUCGAGCAGGCGAUCGUGCAAAACACGUCAUCGCCCUCUUCCCCGGAAAACAAGCCCGAAGUGCCGCCAUCGAUUUCGCCGAGUGGCAUCAAAUUGGCAGGUGAAGAGAAAGCGACGGAGGAGAAACACGAAGUUGCGGACGAAGAAGUAGAGAAAGAGGAUGGAGCAGAAGCGGCCGGAGCAGCGACGACGCCAGCAGAAGCCGUACUGAAAGACGACGAAUCGACGACGACUUCAAUUAGUCAGCAGUCGGUAGCUCUACAGACCCAUACACUCAACAACACUGACCCGAGCAUGUCGAGAGUCACUUCCCGGACACCUUCCACCGGAUCCGAGAGCCUUCAGAAUCAGGUAACAGUGCACGUUGAACGCUCAGCAAAGUGGUAAUGUUCAGGCUCGUCAGUUGGUCCGCUCCAAGUACUGGGGAGAAGCCAGAACAGUGACGUUGGUGAGAGAGCCGAACAAGUCAUUCGGAAUCUCGAUUGUCGGUGGAAGAGUGGAAGUAUCCCAGAAGGGAGGACUUCCCGGAACCGGGAACACGGUGUGCGGUAUCUUCAUAAAAAGUGUGCUGCCGAACAGUCCGGCAGGUAGAAGCGGGCAAAUGAACAUGGGAGAUCGGGUUAUUAGUGUAAGUCAACUGUUCCGUCUUCUGGAAGAUUUAUCUGUUGUUUCAGGUGAAUGACGUGGAUUUGAGAGACGCCACUCACGAACAGGCGGUGAAUGCGAUCAAAAACGCAUCAAAUCCGGUGAGAUUCGUACUCCAAUCACUGCAUACCAACCAACAAAACAUGAUCAACUCUGCCUCCAACUCUACCGUCGGCUCAGUCAGAUUCGAGAAUGCAAAGCCAGAGGAGUCAAGUGAAAUGACACCUCCCUCACUGAUUACUCCGUUAAACCAAUGAUGGUAGCUUCGAAUUCGACAAAGACAGCGAGCAGUUACCCACCUCCGUCCAUUUCAACAUCCACGACAACCUCGAUGGAAUCAGAGAGCAAGGACGAGUGCUCUUCACCUGAAAUUCAAAGGGAGAACACGGUGAAAAGGAGGAGUACGGAUCAGACGGGAGAAAAAGUGGAGGAGAAGCCGGAGGAGAAGAAAGAGGAGAAGAAGGAAUCGACACCGCCGAGAAAAGUUUCAGUCAGGGACGUCAAGGAGAAGAGUGUCGAUCGUCAGGUUUCUGUAGAGAGCAAGAAGAGUGUGAAGAGUGUCAAAAAGAAAGAUUCGGUGAAGAAGUCGCCGUCCAACGAGACAGCUCCACUCAUUGUCUCCGAUGUGAGCAGUUCGGAGACUCACGAAGAAGACCCGGUCAUCAUUUCCCCGUCCACUUCCUUCGACACGGCUGCGAAGGAAGCAGAAGCCAUGAAAGCGUUGGGAAUCGACGAAGACUCCGCUGUCUAUCAAGUUAAGAGCGAAGGCGAAGUCCCCUCGAAAUUCUUCUACACCUAUGGAAAAAUCGAGAGAAAGUACGAUCGGGACGGCGGAGAACUGGUUCUAGUGGCUUGCGAACGACCAGAAGCAGGUCUCGGCAUCUCGUUGGCAGGAAAUAAGUGAGUUUCCAAGUAAGAGUUUAUCUAAUUUCAGUUGUUUUCCUUUCAGAGAUCGUGACAAACAGAAUGUGUUUGUCGUAAAUGUCAAGCCAUCGUGUCCGUUGGCGAUACGUCCUGGAGAUGAACUUCUAGAGAUAAACGGACGUCUUCUCAACAAGAUUUCCCACGUGGCAGCAUCUGCAGUUGUCCGAGAGUGCUGCGAUCAGCACCAGAACAUCGAGAUCGUUCUGAGAAGGAGAGAUGGUGCACUGGUGAGCAUUCUCUCGGACUCCUUUCUAUCGAAACUCUUUUACAUCGGAUAUUUCAGACCGAGUGCGCCGUGCGAAGCGACACCGUCACGAGCAGUCAGUCUCUUCCGUCGCCGCCGACCUCUCCGACAGCCACCGAAUCGGUGAGUUCAUCUUCUUCUCCCCCUCCUUCUUCUUCUUCUCUCCUCUCUUCAUUUCACUUUGCCAGCCUGUCCCCUUUCAUCGCCGUCAAAUUCACGUGCUCCCUCGGCAGUCGCUCCCGUCACACCAGUCACUCGUUGAAUUAUUUAUCAACUUUUCAAUACACAAACAAGUUUUCCAUUUUUGCUUUGCUUCACCUGGCACUUUGUCCCCGUUUUUGCCUGACAAUCACAGCGAAAGUCUGAAAAACCGCCAAGAAUCAUAUGAAAGGCGAUACACGGCGGGUGGCAAUGUGGCAGGGUAAAUAAUCAAGCGAGGCGCAAAGUAAACAUGGGCCCAUGGAGAAGUUUGUGCUCCAGUGAGGCCUUCAGAAGACGUCGACGACGCCGGCGACAAGUGUUCUUUCCCUUCGCUUCACUUCACUUCUCCGUCAAUUUCUUCUGAAGGCUCUCCUCCAUCUUCAUCAUCAUCAUCAUCGUCAUCGUCGUCGUCGUCAACUGCCGGUGUAUCUUUUCUAUCUGUGCGAAAGAAGGAAGGGAGAGAGAGAGAGAGAAAGCCCCUUUUUCGGAGCCAGCGAGCCAACUUCGCCUUUCUCUCUCUGUUCUGCUUCUUCGGCUCCUUCUCCUUCGUCGUCGUCGCUGCCUCUGCCCACCCGUGUAUUCAUAUAUCGUCGCGUGCGCAGUAGUCGUCGUCGCAGUCGCGAGGCCUAAAUAAGGCGCGAGAGCCGCCGCGCACACUCGCUGCUCUCCGAGCCGGCGUCUCCGAGAUCUGUGCUCCCUUCGCCUUUCUUUCCGCGACACACCAUUAGCCAGAUUUACCCGUCGCUUUUUUAUAUAAAAAAGAGAGAAAGUUGUGUUGUCAUCUGCUUUUUGUGCUCCCCCUUCCCCCUUUCUCCGUCACUGUGUCUUAUUCGGUCUAGAAUUCUAAAUAAGUAAGAAUUAGAUGGACGAACAGGAUUAGUAUUUCGAUAUAAUCCCUUCCGAAUCCCUUUUCGUCAUUUGCACCCUCGACUAGCCGGAAGAGUGAUAAGGGAUCAGUGAAUUCUAAUGAUCAGUUCGGUUGGUUUCGAAAACAAUUCUCGCCAUAGCAACGAAAGACGCCCACGCGUCAACCAAAUCAUCGCCCGUCUUUGUUUCGAAAUGUUUUUUCGUCGGCCACUUGAAUCCGUUAGUGUUUGUUCCGAUUCAGAAGCCAGAACGUCUUCCGGAGGGAAGCAGCGGCCUCCUUCUGCCUUGUUUUCUCGCUCUUUUCGCGUUCAUUAUCAUUGUAUUCUCUGGAGACGUCCACUUAUUUUUAACCCACCGCCACCAGCAUCAUCAUCAUCUUGUCUGCACUCUCCGCUCCAAAUGUAGUUCCUUCUUUCGACGUCAUCUGCGUGCACCUACACAAUCAUCUAUCACUAAUGGAGCUCUUCUUAGAAAAAGACAUACACAAACUUUAGAAGAUGUUGUGCUUGUUCGUUUUCUUCGUUUUCUUCUCGCCUUCUUCUAUCCACUAUGUCUCUCUUUUCGAGUUGCAUUUUUGCUCGGAAGGAAUGUGAGAUUAUGUGGGGUGGCUGGCCAACGCGGGCGAGUACGCUUAGGCUGCUCUACAACAACUCAACUCAGCGCCCACUUACUCUCGUCUCGAUUUUCAUCCGCCCCGAGCCUCUCGCGCACUCCUUCUCCCCCAUCCCUUCUUCUUCUUUUUCUUCUUCUUCUUCUUCUUCUUCUUCUUCUCCUUCUUCUCCCAUUCACCCAAACAUUUUUGGGUCUUUUUAUUUGCUUAUAAUUCAUAAUUGAAUGUGUGAGAAGCGGGCGGCCCCCGGCGGCUCAAUUCGGCAGAAAGAGUGAGGGCGGCGCCGCCGUGUUUUUGAUUGACAACACGUGUGCAUUUGGGUGUACGGCUAUGGGCUCCACCGAGAAUUGGAAGCGACGGAAAUUGAAAGAAGGCCUCCUUCCCUUCCUCUUUCUCUUUCUCCUUCUUUUUGUUCAUUGUGCCCAUUUUCGACUUCUUUGCGUACCUGCCGAAAGCACAAAUUACAGCCGUGCUAAUCACUCGUUUCGCUCCUCAGCACAACCAUUUUUCUUUCCUUAAAGCUCUAAUGCGGGCCUUUUUUGUUUUCGAGCACUCGUCCGUUUUCAUCCAUUAUUAUGUGGGCGCUUUUGCAGAAGUCUACGACACAAAUGCCGCCAACUACGGAAGGCAUUGAGAAUGCUGCUCCCAACCAAGAAGGUAUUCGAAUGAGAAACAGAAGGGCUCAUCGUCACCGAACACUUCAUUUCAGAAUUAAGCCGGAAGAAGUCGUUCUCGAUCGAAAAGACACAGCCGAUCGAGAAUGCGCGGGAGACGAUGAUUGAGAUAGACAAGGACGGGAAAGGGCUCGGUCUCUCGAUCGUCGGCGGGGCGGACACCGUCCUCGGCACGGUAGUCAUCCACGAGGUGUACUCGGACGGAGCAGCAGCACACGACGGACGCCUCAAACCGGGGGACCAAGUGCUCGAAGUGAACGGAACCUCGUUGCGAGGAGUCACGCACGAUCAGUCGAUCGCAUACCUUCGAAGGACACCUCCCAAAGUCCGAUUACUCAUUUAUCGGGACGUCAACCUCCAGCUUUCACUCCUCGAUCCCACCCAGAUCUAUAAUAUAUUCGAGAUAGAUCUGGUCAAAAAGACCGGCCGAGGACUCGGUAUUUCGAUUGUGGGGAGGAAGAACGAGCCGGGAGUGUAUGUGAGUGAAAUAGUGAAAGGAGGGCUGGCAGAGUCGGACGGGCGCCUGAUGACGGGAGAUCAGAUCCUUGAAGUGAACGGGAAAGAUGUGAGAGGAUGCAUGCAGGAGGACGUUGCUGCCAUGCUCAAGACGAUCACAGGAAAGGUUCAUUUGAAGGUGAGGACGGGUCCAUGACAUUUUCGGAAAACAUUUUCGUUCAGCUCGGCCGAUGGAAGAUCACGGAGACAGCAAACCGAGUGCACGCGGCCACACAGGCACUGGCCAAGUCGGCAACGACUCCGAGGGUUGGUAGAAAGGUGAGCACAGUGUCGAAUGGCAGGCCGCAACCCGAUCAAUUCACGAUUCACCAGUUGAUGCAUUCAGUUUUCAUUAUUAUUAUUUUCCGAUAGACGUCAUCAGCAUGGAGACCAUCGUUUUUCAUUUCGUACUUACUCCGAAUCUUCAGUUGAAACUGGACGCACCACUUACUCUUUAUUCUCGAGUCAUUUUUUGAUUUCAUGGCCGAUUCUGCACGUGCUUACCCGAUCCGUCCGUAGAACAAAGUGCUGGUCGAUCUAACCGAUGUCUCGCACCCUCACCCAGUGACACCAGCACUUUCGUCUCGGCUCUCCGAUCCACUCGGACCGUUUCCAAUUCAGUUUUGUUCAGACAACUGAGAAUAAUAAUGAUACGGCGGGUACGAAACUAGCCCCCUCUCCCCUGGCCACCACUUCCACUCCGGCCCCCGCGCCAUCCUCUUCUUCCGCUCCAGUUGCCACGUCAUCCACGCCAGCGGGAACCGCACUCCCUGAAGCCAGUUCAUCCGCAGAACCCGUCCCCACUCCGAGCAAUUCGAGGGAGGAACGCAAGGAUGUUCCUCCUCCGGCGCCGCCAAUGCGUCCGAUCAUCACACACACUUCUCCGGAAGGCUGCGAAACUCAGCAAGAGCCGGCCGGUCUCUCGCCGGUAACUGAAGAGCCCUCUUCUGGAAAUGACUUUGUGAGUUUAAAAUUCCAAGGUGAAGUCCAAUAGAGUGAAUAACAGAUGAGUGUGCAAGAAGAGGAGCGUGAGAAGACGACGACGACGACGUCAAGCAGCAACAACAAUAACUCGUUAGCCAUCGACAUCAUCCACGAUCUGCGGGAAGAAGGCAGUGACACCUUGCUCGUCGAGCUCAAAAAGGUAAAAAUUAAGCUUAAUGGGAAGUGAUCAUUAAGUGUUUCGUCCAGGUUGUCGAUCAGCAACUGGGAAUGGGAAUCGGCAAACGAUCCCGUGGAAUACUCGUCACUUCCCUUCAGCCAGGAUCUGCCGCCGCUGAAAAACUGAAGGUCGGAGACAGAAUCCUUGCUGUCAACGCCCUUCCCGUAUCUGAUCAGGUACCGUAAUAUUCGUCCGUUCCCUUCAAUUUCCUCCUUUUCAGCUCUCCGCAGUAACAUUCGUCAAGGCUUCCGGCGAACGAUUAUACCUCCAAAUCGCCCGGCCCCACUGUAUUCCCCAGCAAUAA